AUGGGCGACUUAAACGCCGAUAUGGAGAAGAACACACCGCCAUACACCGCCUGGCCAGCCCAGCCGCGCCAGAAGUGGUCGAAGCUCACAACUUGGCUGGCUGGCCUUGCACUCGCCCUCUUCCUGAUCUCGCAGUAUCACGGUCGUCAUGUAUCAUUUUUACCGUGUCGCAACAAAGAUAGGAUUGAUGACUGGUGUCCGUUGCCCGAUGCCAUCACUCCUUCUGGCGAUGGCCUCAGGGACAGCAGUCACUUGAUGGGCACGGAGCGACACAAGCUUCAGGCUGAGCGUCUUGGCACAGCUGUCCAAGUGCCAACAGAGAGCUUCGACGACAAUGGUGAAGUUGACGAGGACCCUAGGUGGAAGACAUUUGACAAGUUCCACCAAGUCUUGGAGGAGUUGUUCCCCCUUGUGCAUUCGAAUCUCGAGAGGCAAAAGGUGAACAAGUACGGACUGCUGUUCAAGUUACAAGGCAGUAAUACUUCCCUGAAGCCCGUCUUAUUCACCGCACACCAGGACGUUGUUCCGGCGGGCUCACACGCAGAAUGGAAGUACCCGCCUUUUGCUGGCCACUACGAUGGGACCUGGGUGUGGGGACGAGGCGCUGCAGACUGCAAGAACGUGCUCAUCGGGCUGCUGUCGGUGAUGGAGGAUCUUCUAUCGCAAUCGUUCAGUCCCAAGCGGACAAUCGUGCUUGCUUUCGGCUUCGACGAGGAAACCGGCGGCGUUCGAGGAGCCACCCGCCUGAACCAGGUUCUCCUCCAGCAAUACGGCAAAGAUUCUUUUGCCUUCUUGAUGGACGAGGGAGGCAACGGAGUGAAGACACUUGGUGACUUCAUGUAUGCCUACCCAGCGGUUGGCGAGAAGGGGUACUAUGACGCCGAGCUCCGGCUCACAGUCAGAGGCGGACACAGCUCCAAGCCGCCUCCGCACACGGGUAUCGGAGUAUUUGCCCAAGCAAUUGUCGCCCUCGAAGACCAGCCUUACACACCGGUACUGCCACAAUGGAGUCCGUUCCGCCGAGCGCUCGAGUGUAACGCAAAAUACUCGCCACACAGUGUUCAACCGUGGCUGAAGGAUGCACUGCUGCAUGACAGCGAGGAAGUGUUGGCCCGCCGGCUUGGAGAGGUUCUGACCGCCGACAGGUGGUUGAUGCAGACCAGUCAGGCCGUCGAUGUCGUGACGGGGGGGGUCAAAGUCAAUGCUCUGCCAGAGACAGUGACGGUCAUGAUCAACCAUCGCGUAGCUCUCCACGAGUCCGUCGACGACGUCAACCGCCACAUCCAGAGCAUCGUCGAGCCCAUCGCACAGAAGAAUGGACUGCAGUUCAGGGAUCUGACCAAGGCAGAUUCAGACCUCGUCAGUGAGAAUAGCACUCUCCUGGCCGGCACCGUCGAGCUCCGAUCAGGGCAGUUAUUGCCCCCUGCGCCGGUCUCCCCCACCGACAACAGAGUUUGGGCAGUCUUCAGCGGCACUCUUCGCUCCGUGUUUGAGACUUCGGAGAGCGGGCUCAACAAGACCGUCGUUCCAGUAGGCAACAUAAUGACGGGGAACACAGACACUACGCACUACUGGGACCUGACGAGAAACAUUUAUCGGUACAGCCCGGCCAGGGAUGGCACACGACUCGACGUACACGCUACGGAUGAGCGGAUGCUCAUGGAGGCCCAUUUGGAGGGCAUGAGAGUUUACUAUGACUUGAUCCGCAACUUCGAUGGCUUGGAGGAUGAAUAA